AUGAUGAGGCUACCAACCUCAGCUGUUGGUAUUCGCACUGUCGCUCAACGAUCAUAUGCGACGUCGAAUCGGGCCCUUUUCUCACAUGCGCGACCCAACGCCCGAGUCAACGUUGACAAGAGCAAAAUCUCUCGAAUUGCUCAACGGACCUACGCAGAUGUUGCUCCUGUCAAUGUUAAGAAGCCCAAGCGAUUUCGAUUCUUGACGUACACUUGGCGUCUUACAUAUUUGUCUUUGAUCGGAGGAGCCGCUUAUCUUGGUUAUGAAGUUUGGGAACUUCGACAUCCAGAGGAGCAAUUUCAGCCAGACCCAACCAAGAAGAAUUUGGUCAUUCUUGGUACUGGAUGGGGUGCUGUAUCUCUUUUGAAAAAGCUCGACACGGAAAAUUACAAUGUCAUUGUUAUCUCUCCACGAAACUACUUCCUGUUUACCCCUCUUUUGCCAUCAUGUACAACUGGUACCGUCGAGCACAGAUCUAUCAUGGAACCUAUUCGAAGCAUAACCAGACACAAAAAGGCUGCUGUUAAGUUUUACGAGGCCGAAGCCACAAAAAUCGACCCCGAGAAAAAAACCAUCUCGAUUAACGACAAUUCUGAUGUUAAAGGGGCUUCGCAUACUACCGAAGUCUCAUAUGAUAUGUUGGUUGUAAGUGUUGGUGCUGAAAACGCCACUUUUGGAAUUCCCGGUGUCAGAGAGCACUCGUGCUUCUUGAAGGAGAUUGGCGACGCACAAGCGAUCAGGAAGAAGAUCAUGGACUGUGUAGAGACUGCUACUUUCAAGGACCAAUCACCAGAGGAGGUUGAGCGUCUGUUGCACAUGGUUGUCGUUGGGGGUGGACCUACUGGUGUUGAAUUUGCUGGUGAGCUUCAAGAUUUCUUCGACCAAGAUAUCAAGAAGUGGGUUCCAGAAAUCAGCGACAAGUUUAAGGUUACUCUCAUCGAGGCUCUUCCAAAUGUUCUUCCUAUGUUCUCCAAGCAAUUGAUUGAAUACACAGAGUCAACCUUCAAAGAGGAGAAGAUUACUAUCAAGACGAAGACAGCCGUCAAGAAGGUCACCGACAAGACAGUCGAAGCCGAGGCCACUGGACCAGAUGGAAAGAAGUUCACUGAGGUCAUGCCUUACGGUCUCCUUGUAUGGGCCACCGGAAACGCUGUCCGCCCUGUCGUCAAGGAUCUCAUGGCACAAAUUCCUGCUCAAAAAGAUUCAAGGAGAGGUCUUGCCGUAAAUGAGUAUCUCGUUGUUCAAGGAACUAAGGACAUAUGGGCCACUGGAGAUUGCGCAGUCGCCGGAUAUGCACCAACAGCUCAAGUAGCAUCACAAGAAGGAGCUUUCUUAGCUCGUUUAUUUAACACAAUGGCGAAGACCGAUACUAUCGAACAUGAAAUCCAGGAAUUAAGUUCUUCCCUGAACCUUGGCCCUGGAAAUGCUGCCGAAAUUGCCAAAGAGAUUGAAGCACACGAGAAGCAAUUGAGGAGAAUCAAGGACAUCAAGCCAUUCCACUACACCCAUCAAGGUUCUUUGGCAUACAUUGGUAGUGAAAGAGCCGUUGCAGAUGUCAGCUGGUUGAAUGGUAACUUUGCCACUGGUGGUAAUUUGACAUACUUGUUCUGGAGAAGUGCAUACUUGAGCAUGUGCUUUAGCACACGCAACCGUGUUUUGGUGGUCCUCGACUGGCUUAAAUCCAAGACUUUCGGUCGUGACGUUUCUAGAGAAUAG